AUGGCUGUCGGCGUGUUACUGGAAGCUAGGCUGCGGGAACCUCUGUUUGUUCGCGAUGUUUGCUCAGCGUUAGCCUCCAUUAACCCCAGUGGGCUCCUGGUUGCUGAUCGCAACCGUCUGGUGUUUUCUGCCCAGAGUUCAAUGCAGUCUGCAACUCUUUGGGCCGAACUGGCCAUCGAUAGCAUGCUGGAACACAUCAGCCAUUUGACCGAUUUUGCAAUUGAAAUACACUUCGAGUCGUUUCACCGCAUGUUUCGCAGUUUCAAUUCCAUGGGCGAAGUGUUUAUUCGCGUGACUCCGCGAAGCACAACCAGGCGCGUGGUGGGUCUUCGGAUCAACAACGAGAGCGAUGGCCCCGAAAUGAUUGUGCGGCAACGGAUCAAUGCGCUGGAAAUACCCCUCUCCGCGGUGCCUACGGAACCCAUCAUCUCCUCGCUCGAUAUGUGCUGCGAACUCGCUUUGGGACAAUUACCCCAGAUCGUUCGGGUAGCUGAAAAAUAUCGGCAGUUGGAUCACACGCUCGAUAUCAAGCUGUCUAGUGACCACGUUUUCAGCGUGAUCAUACAGCCGGCCGGUGUCCAGAUAAACACGUCCUGGACGGUAAUUUUCCCCGAAGUGCUGCCGGGAACCCAGGAAUCUCAGUCAACUCCCCGCAGCGCGCUUCCCAUGUUUGGGACUGCAUCAAUCACUUCAAUCUCUGUGCAGGCACGGGAUUGGUAUAACGCAAUAGCCCAUUGCCAACAACUGGCUCGACGGGUGGUAGUGGGAAUUGUCGGCAACGAAGUUUUGGCAGUGUUCUGCUAUCCGCACACUGAAAAUGAAGAAAAUGUGCUUACUUUCUACUUAAGCUCUGCAUAG